CCGUUUUCUGUGAAGCUGAGCGAGACCGUGGAUCCGGAAAAGAGGCAGAUGCUGGAGCGGACUCAGCAGGCGGUGAGGCGUGCCACAGAGCCGCUGGAGAGGGCGCUGGAGGCCCGGCUGGCCGAGGAGGAAGUCCAGAGCUGCGUGCAGGUGCUGCUGGAGGAAGCCAAGGACCUGCUCUCCGAGUGGCUGGACGCCAGGUUUGGCAGUGAGGUCACUGACAACUCCAUCUUCUCCACGCUGCCCAGGUUCUGGGAGGCGGAGUUCCACAAGGACAUGGAGGCCCUGAACGUUCUCCCCCCAGACGUCUUAACCCGGGUGAGCGAGUAUGUGCCGGAGAUCAUCAGCUUCGUCCAGAAGAUCGUGGACAACGGCUAUGGCUAUGUUUCCAACGGCUCCGUCUACUUCGACACAGCGAAGUUUGCCUCCAGUGAGAAACACUCCUACGGGAAGCUGGUGCCCGAAGCCGUGGGUGACCAGGCGGCCCUUCAGGAAGGGGAAGGUGACCUGAGCGUCUCGGCAGACUGCCUGAGAGAGAAGCGCUCUCCCAACGACUUCGCGCUGUGGAAGGCCUCCAAGCCCGGGGAGCCGUCCUGGCCGUGCCCGUGGGGCAAGGGGCGUCCAGGAUGGCACAUCGAGUGCUCCGCCAUGGCGGGCACCCUGCUGGGAGCUUCGAUGGACAUUCACGGAGGAGGGUUUGACCUGCGGUUCCCCCACCACGACAAUGAGCUGGCACAGUCAGAGGCCUACUUUGAAAACGACUGCUGGGUCAGGUACUUCCUGCACACGGGCCACCUGACGAUCGCGGGCUGCAAGAUGUCCAAAUCCCUGAAGAAUUUCAUCACCAUUAAAGACGCCUUGCAGAAGCACUCAGCGCGGCAGCUGCGGCUGGCCUUCCUCCUGCACUCCUGGAAGGACACGCUGGACUACUCCAGCAACACCAUGGAGUCGGCGCUCCAGUAUGAGAGGUUCCUGAACGAGUUCUUCCUCAAUGUGAAGGACCUCCUGCGAGCCCCGGUGGACGCUGCCGGCCAGUUCGAGAAGUGGGAGGAGGAGGAGGCCGUGCUGAGUCACAGCUUCUACGACAAGAAGGCGGCGGUACACAAAGCCUUGUGUGACAAUGUAGACACUCGCACCGUCAUGGAAGAGCUGCGGGCCUUGGUCAGCCAGUGCAACCUCUACAUGGCGGCCCGGAAGGCCGCGAAGAGGAGGCCCAACCGCGGCCUGCUGCAGAGUGUCGCCCAGUACCUGACGCACCUGCUCAAGGUCUUCGGGGCCAUUGAAGAGGAAAGCUCCCUGGGCUUCCCCGUCGGAGGGCCUGGACACAGCCUGGACCUCGAGGCCACGGUCAUGCCCUACCUGCAGGUGCUGUCGGAGUUCCGGGAAGGAGUGCGGAGGAUCGCCCGCGAGAAAAAAGUCCCCGAGAUUCUGCAGCUCACUGACACCCUCCGGGACGAGGUCCUGCCCGAGUUGGGGGUGCGGCUGGAAGACCACGAAGGGCUGCCGACCGUGGUGAAGCUGGUGGACAGGAACACGCUACUGAAGGAGAGAGAAGAGAAGAGGAGGGCUGAGGACGAGAAGCGGAGGAAGAAGGAGGAGGCCGCCAGGAGGAAGCAGGAGCAGGAGGCGGCAAAGCUGGCCAGGAUGAAGAUCCCGCCCAGCGAGAUGUUCUUGUCCGAAAGUGACAAGUACUCCAAGUUUGAUGACAACGGUCUGCCCACUCACGACUCGGAAGGCAAGGAGCUGAGCCGAGGCCAAGCCAAGAAGCUGAAGAAGCUCUUCGAGGCGCAGGGCAGGCUGCACCAGGAGUACCUGCAGAUGGCUCAGAACGGGGGCUCCCCGUGAGGGCCGGCGGCUCCCCGUGCAGGCCGAGGCCUGCUCUGGCGGGUGCUAAUAAAGCCUUGUGAACAGUGA